CGCCACUAGUAGGCCUACCGUCUGCCUGUGGAAAAAAAAGCGAAAAGGGCUGGGCUUAGAGAGGAAUCAAACCACAACCUGGGCUGCGCCUCCAUCACAAACCAGUUUGGAAGAACGUUUGUUCUAGAGGAGAGUCUAGUGCCUAACAAGUCACCAACUGUGGCUCAAAACACGGAUUUCUCUGCGCGCUCAACGUAAAGGAGGCAGCCUCAGAGUUUUGUUUUGUAAAUCCAUCUUAAGGUGCUACGGCUAAUAUACUUUUCUGCAAGUGUAGUUAAUCGCGUUUGUUGUUCUGUAUUUGUGCUGUAUUUGUUUUGUUUUGGUGUGCGCAAUGAUGGCCACUUACCAAAACCCAGAGGAUGACGCAAUGGCCCUGAUGGUCCACGACACCAACAUGGCGAAGGAUAAGGAGCGACCCAAAGAGGAACCCGUCCAGGAAAAAGUUUCGGAGAAAACGGACCCGUCUCAAAAACCACCGUAUUCGUAUGUGGCUCUCAUUGCCAUGGCCAUCCGGGAGAGCACUGAGAAGCGCCUCACUUUGUCUGGUAUUUACCAGUAUAUCAUAACCAAAUUCCCUUUCUACGAGAAAAACAAGAAAGGCUGGCAAAACAGUAUCCGGCACAACUUGAGUCUGAAUGAAUGCUUCAUCAAGGUUCCUCGCGAGGGAGGCGGCGAGAGAAAGGGGAAUUACUGGACCCUUGACCCGGCGUGCGAGGACAUGUUCGAGAAGGGAAACUACAGAAGGAGACGUAGAAUGAAACGUCCCUUCAGACCUCCACCGACCCAUUUCCAGCCCGGGAAAUCCCUCUUCGGCGGUGAUGGGUACGGCUACCUGUCCCCUCCAAAGUACCUGCAAUCCAGCUUCAUGAACAACUCGUGGUCGCUGGGCCAGCCGCCCACCCCGAUGUCCUACACCUCCUGUCAGAUGGCCAGUGGCAACGUGAGUCCCGUCAAUGUGAAAGGACUGUCCGCUCCCUCCUCAUACAACCCGUACUCCCGGGUGCAAAGCAUGGGUCUCCCCAGCAUGGUGAACUCUUAUAAUGGCAUGAGCCAUCACCACCACCCGCACGCUCACCAUGCCCAGCAGCUGAGCCCCGCGACCGUUGCGCCGCCCCCGGUAUCCUCCAGCAACGGAGCGGGCCUGCAGUUCGCCUGCUCCCGCCAGCCUGCCGAGCUCUCCAUGAUGCACUGUUCGUAUUGGGAUCACGAGAGCAAACACUCUGCGUUACACACGAGGAUUGACAUUUAGAGUUUACGAGAGGGCCACUUGUAAAAUGGACUCUCGUGAGAGAAAGACAAUAAGUCUAUUCCUGUGUAUUCAAACCAGAAAAAAAGUAUUUUUGAAGAGACAAUACUAUGACGGGCUCUUUUGAUCCAAAUAAUGUACUGAAAAUUCAUAUGGAAAGAUAUACAAGUGGGGAUGCUGAGAGGAUUUUCAAAAACUGGAAAUGGUGAUAUUAAGAGGUCUCGACUAGGCACGAGGUAAAGCAGAACUUUGGGGGGCCAUUUCGUGCGCCCACUGUUGCCUUGGACUGAAGGCAACAGUGUGUUAUAAACACUGUUGUAUGUUAUAAACAUUUGUAAAAUCAGACCAGUUCCCUAUUCACGGGGAUACAUAUUCAAAAUACAAUUAAUUGAAAACAAAAUACACAAAACCCUCCCCAUGUCUUGGAAUUCAAAACAUUACCUGAAUGAGUGAUAAUUUAAUUAGAACUACGUAUUUGAACCAGUAUCGUGAACUGAGCCAACUCCAGCAAGAUCAGGUGAAAAUGUGAUUAUUUAGCCUGUCUUUAUUUUUUUACAUAUUUUUUUUCCGUUUCACAGUACUUAAUCGGAGUGCAGGUGGAAAGAGAGAGAGAGAGAGAGAGCACCGUCAGAAGGAGCAAUACCAAAGAUGUGUUUGUUACUUCUGGGGUCAUUGACUUUGUAGGCUUCGUGACCUCUGAUAGAGAUGGUUUAGUUUCCGAUAACAUUCAGUCCAGUGGCAGAUUUUUUUUUACCUUUCUUGUUUUUUAUAAACGUAAUUAUUUUUGUCUCAUUCAUGUUGGGACCAUGUUAAAUUAGCACUUUUCCCUCUUUUUCUAGUUUUGUGAAUGUCUUAAUAAACUUUUUUUCAAAGUAAAA